AUGGCUCACGUCAUUAGCACCAGUGGUCGAUCACCACUUGGAAGGAAAUGGUGGACAAAUUUCUUAUGUAGGUAUUUCCCACCAAGCAAAGCCGCUAGAUUGAGGCAAGAGAUUUCUGCAUUCCGACAAGGGGACUCCGAGACACUCUUUGAGGCACAUGAGAGAUUCAAGGAUCUCCUACGCAAGUGUCCCCAUCAUGGCUUUUCCUCGUGGAUGAGGAUCCAGACGCUUUGCAAUGGCCUGAAUUAUGCAACCAGACAGCUCAUCGAUGCUGCAGCGGGGGGGUCAUUGAGUAGUAAAACCCCUGAGAAUGCUGAAAUCUUGAUUAAAAACAUGGCAAGUAAUGAGUGUCAUUGGUCUACUAGGCAAAAACCCCCUAAGGCAGCUAGAAUUUAUGAGAUAAAUGACAACACUGAGCUAGCCGCCAAGGUUGAGGCCCUAACAAAGAGAUUUGAUCAGUUUGUGUUGGGUACGAGCUCAAAUUCUGGUGCAGUUUUGUCUUGCGAGACUUGUGGGACCGGGCAUGCUACUGUUCAGUCCCCAAUUUCAAUAGCCUUAGAUACCCCAGUUGAGACAGUUGAUUAUGUUGGGGGAGCUCCCAGAGGCCCGGGGAAUCCUUAUGGAAACACAUAUAAUCCGGGGUGGAGGAAUCACACAAAUUUUUCUUGGGGUCAACAACAGCAACAUCGGCCCCCGCAACCACAGGGACUUCCACCUCAAUCUCUUCAGCAGCCCGAGAAGAAGUUCACUACUAAAGAUGUGUUAGCGAGAUUUAUGAUCAGUACCGAGGCAAAAUUUGUGAACAUCAACAAUCAAUUCGCUGAAGUGAACACUGUUUUGAGGAAUGUUCAGGCCUCCAUUCAAUCAUUGGAUAACCAAGUUGGGCAACUUGCUAGGGUAAAUUCGGAGCGCCCACCGGGUAGCUUACCUAGUAACACUGAAAAUAAUCCGAGGGAGCAUUUGAAAGCCGUCACUCUCAAGAGAGGGAAACAGGUGGAAGCACGAGCCGAGGAGGGCUCAAGCACUAAAAAGAAUGGGGUAGCCAUACAGGAAGACCCUAAGCCAUCUGAGAGUGAAGUUGAAGGAAGAAAGGAAAAGCAAGAUGAGGAAACCCUUCAACUACCAACACCAAAGGGUGCCGAGUACAAGCCGGUCAUUCCCCUAUGCGGCUAG